AUGGCAAAGGAUCCCAGUUGCAUCUUCAACGGGACUGAGUACAAACAUGGUGACAGGUGGAUCCCUGGUCCCUGUGAGACCUGUGAGUGUGACCGCGGUGAGACAGCCUGCCGACGCCCGUCGUGCAGCCUGCCACUAUGCGACAACCCAGUCGUGCAGCCCGGCGAUUGUUGUCCAACGUGCCCCGAUGGGCCAGAAGUCAUUAUUGGGCCGCCUUGCACAUUCAAAGGCAAUACUUACAAGAGUGGGGAGCAAUUCCAGUCAGACCAGUGCACAACGUGUCACUGUACCGAAGGCAGUGUCCAGUGUGUCCCGGUAUCCUGUCCACUGCUCACCUGUCCCAAUGCCAUCCGUCGAGAGGGCCAGUGCUGUCUGGAAUGUCCAGCUGAACCUUGCAUCACCAAGUCCGGAAUCCGUCCCCACGGCAGCCAGUGGGACGAGAACGCUUGUACUUCAUGCCGAUGCAUUCAGGGAGCAACGACGUGUGAAGCCCAGGUCUGCCCCGAGCUGAAUUGUACCGCAGAAGAUGUCCCUGAUGCUUGCUGUGACCAAUGCCCAGGUGACACCCCAUGCCAAUACAAGGGCAAGACUUAUGUCAAAGGUCAGCGGUUCCAGCCCGAACCCUGUUCGUUCUGUUCCUGUUUGGAGGGGGGUAGUAUCUUCUGCGUGCCCGCCUCAUGUCCGGUGCUGGAGUGCCCCAACCCUGUCAGAAGAGAGGGUGACUGCUGUGCCAUCUGCGAAGAGGAGGGUUUCUGCAUGUAUGAGGGGGAACAGUACAAGGCCGGAACCACAUUCAACCCGUCGGCUUGCGUCACCUGCGACUGCUCCACCUCGCUGACCGUCAAGUGCAGGCAGGUCAACUGCGACAUUCCACGGUGUUCUGACCCCAUUCUGCUGGAGGGAGCCUGCUGUCCCUCCUGCCAAGAGAAAUUCUGUACUUAUGCUGGUAACGUGUAUCCAGACGGGGCGACAUUCAAGUCCAACCCGUGCAGCAACUGCAUUUGUGAGGAUGGCCAGGUUGGUUGCGUCGGCGUUCCUUGUCCCCCGUUGAACUGCCCGCUGACAUCGGUCAUUUUGAAGCCUGGCGAUUGCUGCGAAUCUUGUGCAGAGCCCACCCCAAGCUGCUCUUACCUGGGCCAGAGCUACAGGGAAGGUGCCCGUUGGCGGGUCAACGACUGCAAAGACUGUUGGUGUCAGGAUGGAAGGAUUUGGUGUGCACGAAUCGGCUGCAUGGCUCAGCAAAGCUGCAACGUGCUGGAGAAGGUGGAAGGACAGUGCUGUCCCAUCUGCACAGAUCCUCCACCACCACCGGAACAAGACUGCACCACAGACUCUGGGCUGACCUACCAGCACCGUUCCCGUUGGUACACCAACUGCGGUUACUGCACGUGUCUGAACGGCGCUACCUCCUGUGUAGAGGAACUCUGCCCGCCGCUUUAUUGUGAGAACCAGGUUAAGCCCGACGGCGCCUGCUGUCCCGUCUGCGUUGAUGACACCAAGGCCUGCACUCUCGCUGGUAACACCUACCCACACCUGGCCGUGUUCCGCAUCAACGAGUGUGUUGAUUGCAUGUGCUACGACAGAGCUUUCUACUGCUGGGGCAGUGUGUGCCGUAAGCUCACCUGUGAUAAUCCUGUGAAGGUUCCUGGCCAAUGCUGCCUGGAAUGUCCAGAUGAUCCCGUCAUUGGUCCCCAGCGUCUAAACUGCGUCACACCCGACCAGCGGGUCUACGCCCAUGGCACGUUCUUCAAGACCGACCCUUGCCUGUACUGCUACUGUAACGACGGCUUGGUCAUCUGCAACCGUGAGCCCUGCGAAGCCAAAGCCUGUAGCGCAGAGGGAGAGGUCAUCUUGGAAGGAGAAUGCUGCAGCAGAUGCAGAUCUGAUAUCACAAAAUGCGUGGUCAAGGGGGAAACUUACUCCCACAAUGACCGGUGGCGCGUUGGUCAGUGCAAGGAGUGCUACUGCGACAAUGGCGUGGUCAAGUGCUCCGAUCUGAUGUGUCCAGAGCUCAGCUGUGACAGUCCAGUCACGGAGGAAGGGUCAUGUUGCCCAACUUGUCCGGAAGUGUCACCGGUUCCCCCGUGCUCGUUGGAUAACAUGGCAUACACAGACGGUCAACAAUGGCGUAAGGACAAGUGCACCCUGUGCACGUGUGAGGACGGAGCCGUCGUGUGCGUCGCUGAUCAGUGCCCUCCGCUGAGCUGUGACGACCCUGUGGUUGUCAAGGGUGAAUGCUGCCGUGUCUGCCCAGGGGAUGCCCAACCCUGCGAGAUUGAUGGCAAGACCUUCAAGCAUGGCGAGGUGUUCCGUGAUGACAGUUGCAUGGAGUGCCAGUGCACCAACGGCGUCAAGACGUGCAACCAAAAGAAUUGCCCUGCCCUCAGCUGUAGCUUGGCCAACGCCUUCCUGGUCCAGGGUGAAUGCUGCCCUCAGUGUCAUGGUGAUCUGAGACGUCCCUGCGACAUGGAUGGCCGAAAGUACUCUGACGGCCAACAGUGGCCUCGCGGCGAUUGUGAAACUUGCCGAUGCGAGCAAGGACAGGUCAGCUGUUUACCAGAGCCUUGCCCGAGGGUCACCUGCGACAACCCCGUCUUGCCGGCUGGUGAAUGCUGCCUGAAGUGUCCAGAGGAUCUUCGGCCAUGCAUGGUGGAAGGCGUUGAAGUGCCUCAUGGGGUAAGAGGUGUGGUGCGGACUGGCGCGACCUGCCAACAGUGUUCCUGCUCCAACGCCGAGUUCACCUGUCUUAGUGACACCUGCCCGACGCCGGAGUGUGAUAAUCCUAUCUCACUGAACGAUUCUUGCUGUCAGACUUGCCCAGACCAGCCAACUUGCUUGUACAAGAGCUACAGAUAUGUACACGGGCAAACCUGGAAGAAAAACACCUGCACGACGUGUCAAUGCGUGGACGGUGGCAUUCUCUGUGACCCAGAGGUCUGUCCCGUGCUGACCUGUACGGAGACGGUGGACGUGGAGGGCGAAUGCUGCCCUCGCUGCAAAGAUGCAGCCAAGGUGUGCAGCUAUGGCGGCGUCGACUACGACCACGGUGCCACCUGGCAGGCCGAUCCUUGCUCGCGCUGUACGUGCAACGACGGCUCCACCUCUUGCACCUACCAGAAUUGCCCGGCCACCACCUGCGACAACCCAACCGUAGCCGAAGGCGAGUGCUGCCGACGCUGCCCAGACGAUCCUCCACCCUGUGAAACAUCGAGCGGCACAUUCAGCCCUGGCGAGGCUUGGCGAAAGACCAAGUGCCUGACCUGCAGGUGCGUUGGCGGAAUGGAAGAGUGUCGGCUAGAGCAGUGUCCCAUCCUUACCUGUGACAACCCUCAGAAUGUCAUCGGAGAGUGCUGUCGCCGAUGCCCAGCGGAGACACGUUCGUGUUCGGUGGGUGGCGUCCUGUAUCGUCACAAGGAACAGUGGCAGCCCGAUCCUUGCCGCGUCUGCCAGUGCAUCGAUGGGACGGUGGACUGCGUGGACCAGACCUGCCCCGAACUCUCCUGCCCCGAGCCUCUCCAGCUAGACGACAUCUGCUGUCCCCGAUGCCCUGGCGAGCCUCUGCGCAACAUGUGCCGGGACAACGGCGUGAUGUACUCGCACCAGCAGGAGUGGCGGCCUGACGUCUGCACCACCUGCAGCUGUAACGACGGCAUCGUGACCUGUACCACGGAGAACUGUCCCCUGCUGCAGUGCACCGGAGGCGAGCCCGUUGCUCAGGAAGGACAGUGCUGUAAGAUUUGCCCAGAGGAGGCCAUGUCGUGUGAGUUCAACGGCGCCACCUACGACCAUGGCAAGACGUGGCAGGACGGCGACUGCCGUGUCUGCAGCUGUGACAACAGCCAGGUCACCUGCGACACCGAGGUGUGCUCGGUACCAGACUGCGACAACCCCAUCGCGGUGGAAGGCAAAUGUUGCCUGCUGUGCCCCGAUGUGGCGCCGGCCCGCGACUGCGAGUACAAGAACAACUUCUACCCUCACAGCUACCGUUGGAACCCGGAGGAUUGUACCCAGUGUAACUGUAACGACGGAACGGUCAGCUGUAAGGACAUCCAGUGCCCCGAGCUCUUCUGCCCCGGCAGUCAAGAGGUGUUCGUGGAAGGAGAAUGCUGCCAUCUCUGUCCAAACCAGACCAAGCCUUGCACAGAUGUUGUCGGCAACACCUUCCCUCACGGAAAGCGAUGGGCCAUCAGCGACUGCACACGAUGCACCUGCUUCAACAGCGAUAUCUCCUGCAAUACGCGCCUCUGCCCGGCUCCCGAGUGUGACAAAGUUGUCCCCGUCGAAGGUCAAUGCUGCGACAGCUGUGCAGAUCAGCCAGCGCUGCGCCCUGACUCCUGCACCUACCGAGGCCAGGAAUACGCCCAUGGCGAAUGGUGGCAGGUGGACGAUUGCAAGAGCUGCACCUGCAUCGAUGGCGACUUAGCCUGCAGCUUUGAAUCCUGCCCUCGCUUGGCCUGCGAAGGCACACCCAUCCAGGAGGAGGGCAAGUGCUGUCCGGUUUGCCCCGCUGAUGCUGAAUCCUGCACCGUUGGUGAUGCCACCUAUGAACAUGGCUCCACCUGGGCUGCAUCGGUCUGCACCGACUGCACCUGCGAUGACCAGAGUGUGUCAUGUGACCAUGAGGUCUGCCCCGUCCUCACUUGUGAUGAGACCGAGGACGUUGGACAGUGCUGCAAGCAGUGCAAAGGUGACCCCGCCUUCAAGAAAUGCACCUACAAGAAGAAGGAAUACAAGCACGGUGUUGUAAUCCGCAAGAACGACUGCAAGAUGUGCACUUGCGAGGACGGCCAGUGGUCUUGUCAGAAUGAACUCUGCCCUGACCUGACCUGCACCAACCCGGUCAGCAUCAAGGGUGAAUGCUGCAAGAAAUGCCCAGAGGACGUGAAGUCGUGUGAGGUCGACGGCAACACCUACAAACACGGUCAGAAAUGGAGUGAGAAUCCCUGCUCGGAUUGCCGGUGUGACAACGGCGCGGUGGUCUGCGAUCUUCAGAGCUGCCCGGCACCGGACUGCAGUGACGCGACUGUUGUGGAAGGCGAAUGUUGUCCAACGUGUCCUGGAGUAGCCCCACUGAAAUUCUGCCGUUCUGGCAGCAAGAAGUACAAGCACGGUGAGUUCUGGAGCCCCAACGACUGCUCGCAAUGCACCUGUGCCGACGGGGAAAUCCACUGCCAGAAGGAGACGUGUCCCCGGCCGGCCUGCGACAACCCAGUCACGGUUAAGGGUGAAUGCUGCAAGAAAUGCCCUGAUCAAAUGCGGCAGUGCCAACUGGACGGCAAUGGCGACGUCCGAGACCACCUGGAGAAGUGGCGGGUGGACAACUGCAAGACGUGCAAGUGUUACAAUGGCAAGGUCUCCUGCGACAUCCAGACCUGCCCGAAGGUGGACUGCACCAACGCCGUGGUUCCAGAGAACCAGUGCUGCCCUGUCUGUCCUGACACAGAUCCGCCUGAACUGACAGCUAAAGGCUGCGAGGUCAAAGGUCGUACUUACCAGCAUGGUGAGCGAUGGGACAAGAACGCCUGCAAGUCUUGCAUCUGUGACAACGGGCGCGUCAAUUGCGACUCGCCGGCGUGUGGUGCCCUGACUUGUUCCAACCCCAUCAAGGUGGCUGGUGAAUGCUGUCUGAGGUGUCCCGAUGAUGCCCAAUCUUGUGUAACGGCUGACAACGUGGAGUACCCACACGGUGAGGAAUGGCGUGACGGAGACUGCAAGAGAUGCCGGUGCAGCAACGGAAAGAUUGAUUGUGACGAGAUGCUCUGCCCGAAACUCACGUGCAGUAACCCGUUCACUUUCCCCGGACAAUGCUGCAAACAGUGUGAAGGCCAGCCGUUUGAGACUUGUACCUUCAACGGCCGGGAGUACCAACACGGCGAGAGAUGGUACGGCAAGAGUCACUGCACGUCCUGUAGCUGUAGCAACGGCAAGGCGGACUGCGAGACACCGAUUUGCCCAGCACUCACCUGUACCAAUCCCGUCAAGGUCAAAGGUCAAUGCUGCAGAGUCUGCGUGGAUGACUUUGCCACCUGCGUUGCCUCAGACGGCACCAGACGUAAACAUGGCGAGGAGUGGAAGGCCAGUGAGUGCGUGACGUGUUCAUGCGACGAUGGCACUACGUCAUGCGACACCCUCAAGUGUCCCACCCUCAGCUGUACCACAACCGUCCGUGACGAGGGGAAAUGCUGCCCUCGCUGUCCAACCGAUCCUACACCCAAGACGUGUCGUCUCAAGAGCGGCGUGGAGUACAUCUCGGGCCAGUCCUGGCGCAAGGGACCUUGCCGGACCUGCACUUGCAAUGAUGGCAACAAGGUCUGUCAGACAGAGAGUUGUCCAUUACUGACGUGUAGCGACCCCAAGACCCUGGCUGGUGAAUGCUGCAAGAGAUGUCCAGAGGAUAUCCCGACCUGCCUUGCCACUGGCGGAGCCUCCUACAAACACGGUGAGACCUGGCAACCCAACCCCUGUAAGACAUGCAAGUGUAUGGAGGGUACCAGCGUCUGUACGGACAAACUUUGCCCCAAGCCGGCCUGCGACAAUCCAGUCAAUGUUGAAGGGGAAUGCUGCCCUAAGUGCCCAGGCGUACCCACUCCCAAGUCCUGCCAGCGAGGUGAUCAGCCCAGGGCUCACGGCGAGACCUGGCAGGUGGGCCCUUGCAAGACCUGCAGCUGCUCCAACGGUCGCAUUGACUGUGAGGCGAACAUCUGCCCAACCCUGACCUGCGCCGACACAGUCAAGGUCAAAGGGGAAUGCUGUCGACGCUGCACUGAAGAUGCCAAGGAUUGCCCGACUGACACCGGAGCGGGUUACAAACACGGCGAGACCUUCUCUCCCGAGCCCUGCACCAGCUGCAAGUGCUAUGACGGACAGACGAUUUGCACCAGCAAGUCCUGCAACCCAACGGACUGUGAGAACCCAAUCACUCCCAGCAACGAGUGUUGUCCUCGCUGUCCUGGUGAACCCACUCCUGCACCGUGCAUGUACAAAGACCGAGAGGUCGCAAGCGGAGACUGGUGGCGUAUUAACCCCUGCGAGUUCUGUCAGUGUAACAAUGGUAUUGUGGGCUGUGCCGAGGAGAGCUGCCCUGUACUGAUCUGCCCCAACACCGUCAAGGUCCCCGGAGAGUGCUGCCGAAUCUGCGUCGACGAGCCAGACACGGGCUGCAUGGUGGACGGUCGCCGUCUACAGACAGGCGAGAGUUUCCGUCAGUCGCCCUGCUCCACAUGUACUUGCUACUUUGGCUCGCUGGAGUGCGACCAGACCGUCUGCCCUGCCACCACCUGCAACAACGCCAUCAAGGCACGCGAUGAAUGCUGCCCACGCUGCCCUGAUGAGCCUGUUCCAGCCCCGUGCGCCCUCAAGGGUAAGACGUACCGCAGCGGCGAAUCUUGGACCAAGGGCCCAUGUAAGACCUGCACAUGUAACAACGGCAAGAUCAGUUGUGAGAACCAACAGUGCCCAGCGGUGACGUGUGCCGAUCCCAAGAGGCUGGUGGACGAAUGCUGCCUCAAGUGCCCCGAUGAACUGAAGUCGUGCAGGCCUGACAAUGUCACGGAAUAUGACCAUGGCACAAACUUCAGACGAGGCGAUUGUACGACGUGCUCGUGCGACAAUGGCGUCAUCACGUGCUCCACGGAGGUAUGCCCUGCGCCGGACUGCAUGGAACCUGUUUCUGAAGAGGGUACAUGCUGCGACACCUGUCCUGGCGACCGAGUAAUGAAGGGCUGCACCACAAAGACUGGACAGAAGAUGCGUCACGGGGAGAGCUGGCGCCGGUCUCCGUGCAAGGUGUGCACGUGUGACAACGGCAAAGUCCGCUGCGACAAAGAAACCUGCCCUACCCUGUCCUGUGAUCAGCCACUCAAGCGAGAGCCUGACGAAUGCUGUCGUAAAUGCCCACCUGACCCAGACAACGCUUGCUCGGACGAACAGGGCAAUACCUACAUGCCCCGGGAGAAAUGGAACCCCGAUCCCUGCACAGAGUGCGAAUGCACAGAGCUGGGCGGUGUCCGGUGUACCCGGAUGGACUGCCCUGCGACAGAGUGUGCCGAGCCUGUCGCAGUGGAAGGCCAGUGUUGCAUGUCUUGUCCUCCACCUGGUGAAAUCAAGCCCUUGACGUUCUGCACAGCGACACGCAGAGAGGGGGACACGUGGCAGCCCACGCCCUGCGCUCGAUGCACCUGCCGAAACGGCGAGAUUGAGUGCCUGACGGAGACAUGCGACACGCUGGAGUGCACUGAUGUCAUCAAACUACCUGACGACUGCUGCCCCAAAUGCGCAAGUGACAUCAGAAAGUGCAAGGAUGCGGAUGGCAUGGCCCACAGCCAAGGCGAGUACUGGCGGCCAUCCAACUGCGAGGAGUGCACGUGCGACAGUGGCAUGACGCAGUGCCGACCAAUCACCUGUGACGCCGAGCUGACUUGUAACGACCCGCAGCCAGUGGCUGGUCUUUGUUGCCCAGUAUGCCCGACCGACAACUUUGACGGCUGCGACAUCAGCCACAACCGUCGCAUCAACCACGGUGAGACGCUCAAGCUUGACGAUUGCAACACGUGCACCUGCACCGAUGGCCGCUUUGACUGCACCGAGAAAGUCUGCCCGGCCCUGGACUGCGACAAGAGCGUCAAGAGAGAUGGCGAAUGCUGUGCCAAAUGCCCCAUCACAACUGGCCUGGGAGAGUGUACUUUGGAUGGCGUGGUUUACCGUAACACCGAGACCUUUGAAGACCCUGCUGAUAAGUGUCUGCGUUGCCAGUGCAACAUGGGCGAGGUGAUGUGCGGUCAGCCUGGUGCCCCGUGCCCACCGACCGACUGCCCUAUGCCUAUUGUCCUAGAAGGAGACUGCUGUCCUACUUGCAGAGAGGGAGUGUGUGACUACCAGAACAAGUUGUACAUGGAUGGGGAGAGAUGGAAACCCACGGACUGUGAGCAGUGCCAAUGCGACAACGGCAUCGUAGCUUGUUCUGUUUCUGAUUGUCCUCUGGAGCCAUGCAGUACCGAAAGGGUCAAGAUCCCAGGCCGCUGCUGUCCAGAGUGUCCAGAUGACUUCCGCACCUGUAUGGACAAGGUUGGCAUGUACAGCCACGGCGACCGGUGGAUUAAGGCAGACGACAUCUGUGUAGAGUGCGUCUGUGACGAUUCGGCCAUCUGCUGCGAGCACAUCAGGUGUCCCACCCCGGAGUGCGAGAACCCCAUCGAUGUCCCAGGACAAUGUUGCCCGACCUGUGACCCCAGUCAGAUUCCUACCACAUGUCCAUACAAAGGAGCCACCUACCAGCAAGGAGAACAGUUUAACGAGGACUGCUCCACCUGUGUAUGCUCCAACGGGCAAGUAGCGUGUACCAGGAAUCCAUGUCCUGCCGUGUUCUGCCCCAACCCCAUCCAGGAUGAGAAGGAUUGCUGCCCAAGAUGUGGUGUGACGUGUUUCCACAACAACGCGGAGUACACAGAUGGCCAGACAUGGGCGGAUCCCCUGCAGCCAUGUUUCACGUGUACCUGCAUGAACGGUCUGGUGCAGUGCGGACUACAGUGCCCUAGCAUCAGAUGUCCAGACGCUAGCGUCAAGACCGGAGAAUGCUGUCCAACGUGUCCAGACAUCACCUUUGGUUCCUCUCGCGUGCAACUGCUUGGAACAAUUAAUAACUAUUUCCUGGACUAUGGCAUUGGCAUUAUCAAUGCUGAGAGGCCCAUCCAAGGUCGCAAUCUCUGGCGCGUCCGCAUCUGGAGUGCGGCCAGAUCCGACGGGGGCGGAGCCAAGACGGAGGUGGUCAAGCAGGCCCUUAACAGGGAGCAGGCGGGCCAGUCCAUCAGCCGGACCGACAACCAGCUUCUCUUCCAACGCCUGGAGUACCGUCGAGACUUGCGCGGCCAACCUUGCGAGACCUACCCAUACGUCUGUGCUGAGUUCUUUAUGACUCGCGAUGGCUAUGACGAGUACAGCACCUCCACUACCUUCGGCGAUGCCAUUUCCACAAUCUGCCUGGAGGCAUGUUAGAAAAAGCCCUCAGUACAUUGAAAUUUUAAAGUUUGUACGAGGUACACCAUUAACAUUUUGUAGGUCACAUUUGUGUGAAGAGUAAUUUUGACAAUUUUAUCCUGAUGUACCUUGGCUGCUGUACAGCAAUGCUCGGUUGUGUUGAAAAGUUCGUCUCAAAAUGUGAAAUUAACAAGAAAAUCUGUCGAGGAAAAUUUCCUCCCCUUAAAGUUAACAAAUGAAGCUGACAUCUAUGAUACUCAUCAGACACACAGAACCAACCAGCGUUUGAAGGUGGCUCUCUAUGUAAGCAUUGCGUGCAUUUUUAAUUUAAUUUUGGGUGCAGUUUGCUUUUGAUUUCCAGUUUGCUUCAAAGGAGGACAAAGUUCUGUAUUUUGACAAGGACGUUUCUGAUUUGGUUUGGAUAGAGUGUACCAUGGCAGGAUCAAUGGAGUUUCGGUUGUAGAUGUGUAGAUCAACCCUAGUCAGUGUUCUUAUUUGUUGCUUUAAGUUGGCACUUCGUUGCUGUUUAUCCCUUUUCAACAAAAGAAUAAAAAUGAAGUCAAGUCUCGUAUUUUCCAUAUUUUUAUGUAGUCUUGCAACCUGACACCUGGCUCGAUCACAUUGGCUAGUUGUCAACAGCUUUGUUCUUUAAAUGCUUGCUUUGUGGUGUUUUUAAUAAAGGAUGUAUACCAUUCAUGCUACAAAUUCCGUGGGAAAUAGGAAACUAAGUUCCUUACAUAGGUUGUAUAGCAUUUGGGCAAGGCAAGAAUGAUGGGUAAGUCCUUUCAACAUUUUUUUUCCCAAGUUCUCAUUCAACUCUUUAAUUUACAGCUCAGAGUUGGUGAUGUUGUGUUUCACUCUUGGAAAAGGUUUGAAGAACAGGGGAAAAGGUGACUAGAAAAGUCAUGCAAAACUCAGUAAAGCCAAAUCAAUGACCAACAGGGAGUACAAGAACUGCAGAAAACGAAAUGGAAUCCUGAAAACUCAACAGUUCACUUCAAAUUCUCACUAUCUUUAUUUCCAGGGAAGAAGUGCUUGUGUUGGAUUCAUUACAGAAUAGUGUCUUUACCUAUGCACAACAGUUUUAUAACACACCUUGUACUGUGUACACGCACUGAAGUUCAGGUAACAUGGUUUGCUGAAAAGAUAUCAGAACACAAAUCUUGUAUUUUUUCAUACAAUACACAUAUGCAUGUAUACAUGUAUGUAUUUUGAUGUCAUGUUCACUAAAAACAUACAAAUCUUUGUUAAGGAUUUAAUACUUGUAAUUGUUUAAGUAAUAAAAAAAUUAGAUGUGUUGUGAUGAUUUAUUAAAUUAGUAAUCAAGAGUUCA